UCGGGCUUUGCCCCCCCGGCUAUAAUAACCCGGGAGGGGACGGAAAGAGGCCUUUUUCCGCACGGCUAGGGCAGUCGCCCUCAGGUACCGCGCAAAAGAUAACGCGAGAUAUCGCGCCGCACGAGUCUCAUUGUUGUUUUUCGAAAUUUUUCAUUUUUUCUACAUUUUUGGAAAAAUCAUUAUCUGGUCUAGAAGUGAUAUAUUAGCAUAAAAAAUAUGUGCAAUUAAUUAAGUGAUCAAGGUGCAAGCUAGUUUUUAGUGCUGUAAUAAAGUGUGCUUUUUCAUAAAAGUACACCGCCCUGUAAAACUUAAGGAACAACAUUCUAAAGAAAGGUGAUUCAAUUCUUCAAAUGAAAAAAUAGAUGUCAGUUAACUAGCGAAAUAUGGAACUGAGUGCACACAUUUCAUGAUAACUUAAGAACACACAACCGCUUUUAAGUUUUCCAAAAGUGAUUUUUUUGAAUUUUUAAAUGACUUUUAAGGAGAAUGGCGGCAUGAUGUCCAGAUUUUAUUUAAACUCCAAUUCAUCACUAGCUAACUACCAACAAUAUGAGGAGCGUCUAACGAGCGGCCACAGUUCUCUAGCACUUAGCGGUGGCUCACCAGCAGGGUACGGAGCAGGGGCGUCGGGGGCGGGCGGUCGAGGUGCGGCCGGAAGUCUUCACCACGCAGCCGCCGCUGCUGCUAUGCAGCACCAGCUACCUCAACCCGACUUCCAGCCACCCUAUUUUCCACCGCCCUUUCACCAUGCCGCCCCUAGUCCGCCUCCUCAGCAACACCUCGAAUAUUUGGCAGAUCCUUAUGGGGGUCUAUCUGGGUUGCACCAUUAUAAUCAACUGGGGUUAAGGCGGGAAGGUGAUCCAAAUCAUUCCCAUGUCAGCCAGCUGAGCCAUGGAGCAAGCUUUCCUUAUAGUACAACUGGAGGUGGACGGUCAGACUAUGGAGGAAUUCCUCAGAGACACGAUGACCCGUUGUCACUUCACCAAGCUUUAGGGCAAGCUGUAGAGGAUGCCCAAGCCGGUAUCGACGAUAAUACUGGAUUUAUUACCGACCUGCCUUUACUCAAAGGCAUGAAAGGAAAGGAUCACUCUGGAGCCGGAUCCAUGGUGUCCCCUAGUGACGUAUUCUGUUCAGUACCUGGUAGACUAUCAUUAUUAUCAUCCACAUCUAAAUAUAAGGUUACAGUAGGAGAAGUACAAAGAAGGCUCUCGCCACCAGAAUGCCUUAAUGCGUCCCUUUUAGGCGGCGUCUUACGGAGAGCAAAAAGCAAAAACGGUGGCAGGAUUCUCAGGGAAAAACUUGAAAAAAUUGGUUUAAACCUCCCGGCAGGAAGGCGGAAAGCUGCCAAUGUUACUCUCUUAACCUCCUUGGUGGAAGGCGAAGCCAUCCAUCUCGCCAGAGAUUUCGGUUACGUAUGUGAGACCGAAUUUCCAGCCCGGCAAGUAGCGGAAUAUCUUCUGCGACAACAUGGCGAGUCACCCCGAAGGAAAGAGCUUCUUCAAGCCACCAAACAAGUAACAAAGGAGCUUAUGGAUCUUUUAAACCAGGAUCGAUCUGCGCUAUGUAAUCACCGACCUCAAAUUUUGUUGGAUCCCUCAAUCCAAAGGCAUUUAACCCAUUUUUCUUUGAUAAGUCAUGGUUUUGGUAGUCCGGCCAUCGUGGCUGCUCUUACUGCGAUCCAGAACUUUUUAAGUGAAAGCUUGAAGCAUUUAGAUAAGGUUUUCCCUAGCCAGAACUCACAACAGAGUCAGGGUAUGUUGGUGUCUUCAAGUUUGGAUAAGGGAAAACUUGACGAUAAGAAUAAGUGAUGUCUCGCGGGUGUGUGCUGUGAUUUGAGAAGGGCGUUUGCGUUCGAAACAUAGGAAGCUUUCUUCUUUUUAUUCAGUUUGGACUCACGGAAGAUUUGUUGUUUUAUUUGGAAAUAUGUACUGGGGCGGUUGUGGAUAAAGAUAUGGUUAAUUUUGAGGUGACAAUUUUCUUAUGCUGAAAGAAAUUCUUUUUAUAAUACUAAUUUAUAAGUAAAUAAAGUAAAUUAAUUCAAAGUGCACAAGUGUUGAGGAUUCAAAGUCUCGUAACGAUAAAUUAGCAAUUUUUUUUAAAUAUUCAUUUGGAAAUCUAGAAAUUCUUGCCUUGAAAUUUUAUAUAAGAAAAAUACAAAUACAUUCAAACAACAGCCAUAAGAGGGGUAAUGGAAUAGUGGGAGUUAUACCAGGCUGUAAAAAAUCAAAGAAAGAAUUUAUUAAAAAUAAAUCUUAUAAUGUUAAUUAUUAGAAUUAGUACUGUUGUACUAAAACAGUAUUUUAUUAAUAUUUAGAUUUUUGUGUUAACUAAAUGGAUUGGCGCUGUAUCGCUUGAAUCUCCUUUAUUAUAAGCUUCAAUACGUGCUUUUGUACCAAUAUCAAUAAAAUAUUUUAUAUUUCGAAUAAUUUUUAAAUUUUCAAGGCAGGACUAGACAAAAAAGACUAAGUUUUUGUCGAAAAUUCAUAUGUUCUAGGAAAAUAAUUAACCUCUUAAAACAAUAGGCAGGUAAAACAGCUAUGAUCCUCAAUUAUUUAAUUAACAUCUCUUCUUGAAAACAGAUAUCAAAUAUUACAUUUAAUUUCAAUGCGCAUUUUAGGGACAUUAUCAAAACGUAAAUAUCUUCAGAUGACAUAAAAAUAAAUAUUUUUUUAAAUAUUAUUUUUAAUUUCAAUUAGUAAUUGUAUUGAACUAAACCCCAAAAUUAACUAUUAUUAUAGGAAAAGUACCUCACCACCCCACAAACGUAUUAUUAUAUUAUCUUGCCAUUUUGUAGUAUUCAAUUAGUGACUCCAACAAAACAAUGAUUGUGAUAUUUGCCAUAUGAAUUUUCACAGACUGUUACGAACUAAGCCAUAUUUAUUUAAAAUGUAAAAAAUGUGUACAUUUAAAACAAAAAUUUGGGUUUAAAGGCAUAUGCGGUUUUGCCGUGAGUUUUUUAGUUGAAUCAACUGUACGUUUGUGUAUUUUUUUUUCUGUACAUUUUGUGGUUGUCAGAAACUAUAUUUUAUGAGCAAUAUGUGCCAAUGCCGAUACUGUAUUAUAAGAUAUUAUAAACUUUGUCUAUAUAGGGAUAUACGUGAAAACUUGGGUAUAAAGAUGAAAAUAAGUUAUGAAAUACAAACAUGUAAACUU